AUGUCUAAAAGAUCCGACAUUCUGCAGAAGAAACUGCAGGAACUAGAAUCAGAAGUUCUCCAGGUGAUCCAACUUCCACCGGAAACACCAAGCCGCCAUUUGAUCUCCGAAGGGAUUGAGCAGCGUUUCGUGUUCUUGAAAAAUCUUUUAUCCGCAGAGAUUUCAUCUCAGCCGUCAAAGCCUCACCACUUGCACCACAUUGCAGAGAGACUCGUCGGACUCGAGGCCGCCUUUAGGGACUGGGAUGAAUCAAGAAACUAUUUGGAAUUGAACAAUUAUAAUUUUGAUACUUCGUCAGUAUGUUCUGAAUGCACUCGGACGUGUAAUUUGAAUGGUGAUGCAGAGGCUGUGUGUGAAUCGGAUUCCUCAACUGACGGCUUCCCGGCCGAGUUUCUGGAGACGGUUAUGGACGAAAAGGCGCUGGAGAAGAUGGAGACAGAGGGGAGAAUUUCGGUGAUUGGAAAGUAUUGUGGAAUGCUCACUUGUGGGAUGAUUCUUGGCGCUCUUUGCAUGAGUUCUUUCAUGGUACAGUAUGAUUUUGUUGAACAAAAUUUAGGUUUCCUUCCUCCGACGUAG